AUGGACGACGAAUUAUACAAUCUAAAGCAGGAACAUGAAAUAGAAAUUAAAAAACUGAAAACAGAACAUGAAACACAAAAGCAAGAAAUGACUCAAAGUUGGCAACUAAUCAACCUUCAAUUUAAAACACAAGCUGAAGCGAUAGUAGAUAUAUACACAACGAUAUCGGAAAUUUUACCUCCAGUGGUUCAAUCAUUACAAACAAUAAAUCAAGUAAUAGAAGAAAUAAAUAGGAACGUUAUAGAUGAAAAUGAACGUCAACGUAAACAAAUUAUAUUUACCACAAUCAAAGAAACAAUAUUCUCACUCAAUAGUCGAUUAUGCUUGCUAACUGAUCAUCAACAGAAACUCAAAACACUUAUGGACAAAAAAAACAAUUUAUUGCUGAGAGGUAUGAAUCCAAUGAACACUCAUCUAAUGAACUUUAACUUUAACUUUUCUUCGCCGAUUGUGAACAAGAACGUAGCUGACUCUUUUGAAAGUACUAAAACUGAAAAAGAUAGACCAGAUGUGACGAAUGAAAAUCUUUCUCUUAUCAUAUACAAUUGUCAAUGUUUAAGUACUCAUAUUGCUGAUAUUGAUAUUCUCUUAUCAAUACAUAUACCCCAAUUAUUAAUUUUAACUGGGGUUGGAUCGAAAAUCAGAAAUCUACCAAAGAUUACGUCUUACCAUUGGAUCAGUCAGGAAGGUAUCAAUUCUUUUGGUGAAGUGGCAAUACUGCUUCAUGAUACACUUAAAACCAAAGUAAUUACUCGUGAACUCGACUUUCUAAUGGUCGAAUUAGAUAUCCUACCGAGGUCAAUUUUAUUGGGAGCUGUACACGUACCUCCCAGUAAACCUAUACAUCAAUAUUUAUUUGACAAAUAUGUAAGUAAGUCGUUUUACAUAUUCGGUGACUUCAACGCUAAACAUACCGAUUGGCUUUGCAGUAAUAACAACGCAAGUGGAGUACAAAUGAAGACUUGGCUCGAAAAUACAGGAUGUGAGAUGAUAUACCCCAAUCAACCAACAUCAAAAAGAUCAUCCGCAGUAAUCGACUUUGGAAUUGCCCAUAAUGCCUAUGGCUGGAAAGCUGAUGUAAUAAAAGAAGGAAGAAGUGGAAAAAAUUGGAAACGUGCUCAACAAAAGAAAUCAACGGAUACCGAAGGUAUAUCAGCAUUUCUAUUACACCAGCUACCAACUGAAUAUUUACAAAUAGUAACCAUUGCAUUUAAUAAAAUUGCUCAAUCGGGUAUCGUACUUCGGAAAAGUAAACAUGCUAAAGUUAUUUGUCUCUCAAAAGAUGGAUUAUACCCAGCAGUCGAUAAGCUCAGGCCGAUAUCACUACUUUCCAAUUUCGGUAAAUGUUUUGAAAGAAUAAUACAUACCCGUAUCCUUAAAUGGUGCAAUGAUAAAGGCAUUUUUACUGACGAACAAUCUGGUUUUACCUCGGAAAGACGUUUACAAGCACGUAUCUUGUCUUUAGUCGAAGACUUGAGAUUAACAACAGCGGCUAAUAACAGGCCUUCUCUCGUGAUUUUCGUAGACUUUGUGUCAGCCUUCGACAAAAAUGUGGCACCCUGCACUUCUUACCACACUUCUCAAACUCGACAUUCCGUUACAACUACUACGGUGGAUUUUUCUGUGGCUCAAAGGAAGAACAAUGUCAAUCCAUGUUGGAGAAGCGGUUUCACGUGUUCUCAACAUUUGUGUUGGCAAACCUCAAGGUUCAGUCCUUGCCGCUACUCUUUUUCGUCUACAUGCCCAUUUCCUCCCAUCAUAUUUUAUGAACCUAGUCUGCCACUUAUUUGUGGACGAUCUGGCUAUAAUUAUCUCUAG